AGAAGGGCUACACCAGAGACAUGCAGCAGUGUCAUGUGAAAAUAAAGGAGCUUCGGAAAGCAUACCAGAAGACAAGGGAGGUGAACAGUCGUUCUGGUUCUGCCCCACAGAUAUGGCGCUUUUAUGAGGCGCUGCAUGUGAUUCUCGGUGGUGACCCCACCACUAACCCAGAACGCUCUGUGGAUACCUACCAGGAGCCCUGAGCGACCUCAAGCAACAGCGAGGAGGCCAUUGUUGAUGAGGAGGAGAAGGAGACUGUGAGGCAGGCAAGCAGAGGAUUGAUUCUUCCCGACAGCCAAGAACUGUUUUUAACCCUGGAGCCCAUCCCUUCACAGGACCAGUUGGCGGUGGAGCGUCGUGAUGAGGAAGUCAUCUCUGCAGCAGGGAGUGAUUGCAAGCCAAGCAUUGUCGGUUUUUGCUCUGUGUGCUGGCUGCCGAACAAAGGUGCUGCUGGAAAGGUGCACAGUGCCCUUUGCUCAGUCUGCUUUUGGUGCAAUGUAGCCUGGCUCUUCCUCCAACUCUGCACGCAGCUGCUCAGCGAGAGAAAAUUGUUUGUGACAUUGAGAGCACAAAAUCUAUGGAGCAGCCUCCCUUCUUCAGACUGUCUUGAGGUGUAGCUAGAAGGUGCCGUAAUGUGAAUGGCAAGCGGCUAGCUGAGGAAUAGACUGCCAGGUGGGAUUCCCUGGCUCCACACACAGCGCACAGGAUGGCUGACUGAUUUGGGCCUGGAAACAAAGGCAUUUAUAAGCACCCCAUCCUCUCUAGGACUUGGCUGAGAGAGAGGAGUGGCGGAGGGGGGAGCACACGGAGGAGCGAUGGGAAUUGAGGACCAUGGUUACUUGAGAUAAAUGGCAGAUCUCUGGGAGUCUAGUCUAGAAGCUGUUCGCUUUAGUUUUUCCUCGCUCUGCAGCCACUGUUUCUUCUUUGCAAGCUGCUGCUGGGUGCUGCGACGGUGGCGCUGGAGAUCUCCAGGGCGACUUGAGUGCAAAGCUUGAGCAGGGGGUGGGCCGCCCGCCUCACCAUGAUUCAGCUGUGGAAAGUGGUGCGGCACGUGCGACAGCUGGAGCUCCACAGAUUGAUCCUGGUGCUCAUUGCCUUCAGCCUGAUCUCCAUGUGCUUCCUGGCCUACUAUGUUACCAACAGCCCCAAAAUCAAGGAGCCACUGCCCCUGCCCUUCAGCGACUGCAGCAACCAGCACAGGGUCCCGAUCCCACCCCAGGCCAGCUGGAGGCUCACCAAAUCCGUUGACACUUCACGCACUGAGCCUGUGGUGCUAGUCUUUGUGGAAAGCAUUUACUCCCAGCUGGGGCAGGAAAUUGUGGCCAUCCUGGAAUCCAGCCGGUUUAAAUACAGGACAGAGAUUGCCCCUGGCAAGGGGGAUAUGCCCACCCUGACAGACAAGGACAGGGGCCGCUAUGCUCUUAUCAUCUAUGAGAAUGUCCUUAAAUAUGUGAACCUAGAUGCUUGGAACCGGGAGCUGUUGGACAAAUACUGUGUGGAGUAUGGAGUGGGGAUUAUAGGGUUCUUCAAAGCCAAUGAGAACAGCUUGCUCAGUGCUCAGCUCAAGGGAUUCCCCCUCUUCCUACAUUCUAACCUAGGGCUCCGGGACUAUCACAUCAACCCCAGUGCCCCUCUGCUGUACAUCACUCGGGCCAACGAGGUGGAGCAGGGUCCCCUGCCCGGUGAUGACUGGACCGUGUUCCAGUCAAACCACAGCACCUAUGAGCCUGUGCUCUUGGCAAGCACAAAGUCUUCAGAAUCCAUUCCUCACCUGGCCACUCACAAAGCACUGCAUGCCACUGUCGUGCAGGACCUGGGUCUGUAUGACGGGAUCCAGCGGGUCCUCUUUGGCAAUAACCUCAACUUCUGGCUGCACAAACUUGUUUUUGUGGACGCCAUUGCUUACCUGACUGGCAAGCGCCUCUGCCUCACUCUUGACCGCUACAUCCUCGUGGACAUCGAUGACAUAUUUGUGGGCAAAGAGGGCACUCGCAUGAAGGUGUCUGAUGUGGAGGCUCUCCUGAACACUCAGAACAAGCUGAGAACAUUAGUCCCCAGUUUCACUUUCAACUUGGGCUUCUCUGGGAAAUUCUACCACACAGGUACAGAUGAGGAAGAUGAAGGUGAUGACAUGCUACUUAAACACAGGAAGGAGUUCUGGUGGUUCCCGCACAUGUGGAGUCACAUGCAGCCUCACCUCUUCCACAACGUCACCGUGUUGGCUGAGCAGAUGAAGCUUAACAAGCAGUUUGCGCUGGAACAUGGGAUCCCCACGGACUUGGGCUAUGCUGUAGCCCCCCAUCAUUCUGGAGUUUAUCCCAUCCAUACACAGCUCUAUGAGGCCUGGAAAUCCGUCUGGGGCAUCCAGGUGACCAGCACUGAGGAGUAUCCUCACUUGCGGCCCGCCCGGUACCGGCGAGGGUUCAUCCAUAACAGCAUCAUGGUGCUGCCUCGACAGACGUGUGGGCUUUUUACUCACACCAUCUUCUACAACGAAUAUCCUGGGGGCUCCAAGGAGUUGGACAAAAGCAUUCGGGGUGGUGAACUCUUCCUGACAGUGCUUCUGAACCCAAUCAGCAUCUUCAUGACGCAUCUGUCUAACUAUGGGAACGACCGGCUGGGGUUGUACACUUUUGAGAGCCUGGUCAAGUUUGUGCAGUGCUGGACCAACCUUCGCCUGCAGACUCUGCCUCCUGUCCAGCUGGCAAAGAAGUACUUUGAAAUCUUUCCCCAGGAGAAGAACCCGCUGUGGCAGAAUCCCUGUGAUGAUAAGAGGCACAAGGAUAUCUGGUCCAAAGAGAAAACAUGUGACCGGCUCCCCAAGUUCCUUGUCGUUGGACCCCAGAAAACUGGCACAACAGCUGUGCACUUCUUCCUGACCAUGCACCCAGCGGUCACUAGUAACUUCCUGAGUCCAGCCACCUUUGAAGAGAUCCAGUUCUUCAAUGGGCCCAACUAUCAUAAAGGAAUUGACUGGUACAUGGAAUUCUUCCCCAUCCCCUCCAACGCCAGCACAGACUUCAUGUUUGAGAAAAGUGCCAAUUACUUUGACACAGAGGUGGUACCGAAGCGUGGCGCGGCCCUGCUUCCACGAGCCAAAAUCAUCUCCAUUCUGAUCAACCCAGCCAUCCGAGCCUACUCCUGGUACCAGCACCAGCGCGCUCACAGCGACCCUGUGGCUCUCAAUUACACCUUCUACCAGGUGAUUACUGCAAAGUCCCAGGCCCACCUGGAGCUGCGCAAUCUGCAGAGCCGUUGCCUGCUCCCUGGAAUGUAUUCGACUCACCUGGAACGAUGGCUGACGUAUUACCCCUCUGGGCAGAUUCUGAUUGUGGAUGGCCAGGAGCUUCGGCACAGCCCUGCUUCCGUCAUGGAGAACAUCCAGAAGUUUCUCGGGGUGACACCACUCUUCAACUACACCCAGGCCCUUAAGUUUGAUGAGGCAAAAGGAUUUUGGUGCCAGGUGCUAGACGGAGGGAAGACUAAAUGCUUGGGAAAAAGUAAAGGAAGGAAGUACCCUGACAUGGAUUCCUCGUCUCGGCUGUUCCUCACAGACUUCUAUCGGGAGUACAACAUCGAGUUAUCCAAGCUGAUGAACAGACUUGGGCAGCCCCUUCCCACGUGGCUCCGCGAGGAACUGCAGAAUUCCAGCUGGAGCUGAGGUGGAAGCCCCUGCCCCAGUGCUGCUGGAUGCAUGGUGCUGUCUAUCCAUGGGUAUAAAAGCCAGGUGGAAAAUACACUAUGAUGGCAUCUCUUGUCAGUCAAAAAACUAGAGAAAAGAGCAGCAGCCAGGAUCUUGGGCUGCUGACAGGAGCCCUUCCCCCUCCCGCUGCUGCCUGGUAUGUAUCAUUGCAGGGGGUCCAGCGAGACUGUUGCACCCAAUGUGACUCAAGCCUCUAAAUAUUAAUGAUUUGUAAGAAAGACACAAAGAAAAGGAAAUUGCACAAACUGUAGUGGCUGCUCCAGGAGGACUGUGAUCCCAGGGAACAUCUGUGGAUCCCCACCCAGAGGAGAGCAUGCUAACCCUUUGAAGACUGGGAUUGUUCAGACUCCUAUAAUACUACUGUCUGAAAUGCUCAGUACCUAGAGGGUUAAUGUCUUCCAGUUGUGACAGGUUUGGGGCGCAGCACCUGGCCUUUGUUGUUGAUAGCAAGGUGGUAAUUGCACUUUCAUAGCAGGAAGAGCCACUGCAGCCCGGGGGAGGGGAAUCGGGAGAACCCCAGCUUUGGGGAGCAGUUUUAAUGCCAGCCAUGAAAGGCAACAUUCCCUCUUCCUCCUUGCACAUGGAGUUUGUUCUUUGGAACUGUGUCCUGCUGUUGGUCACCUGUGUGGCUCCCCUCAGCUUAGGCUCCCUGCUCAGAGUGGGGGGUGUUGUAAAGUGGACUGUCUGGCCCUGCCUGCUGCUGUGCCCUGGGGAUAGUGUGUCCGGGGAGCUAGGGGAAGGGCAGAGGCUUGCAGACGUUGUCAUAAAGAAUCUGUUGUCUUCCAGAGGGAGGGGCAUAGAGGUUGCCAGAUAUGUCCUUUACCUCCUCCUGGGACUGGGCUUGAUGAGUUAGACUAAGAGCCCUGGUUGCAAAUGCUCCAAGCUGUGCUGCUGGUUCUGAAUAUAAAUGAGGAGCGUGUCCCAGUGGCAGCUUCCUCUCUUGUGUAUUUCCCAGGCAUUACUGAUAUGGGGCAGACUGGUCCAGUUCUUUUCUGGGGCUGCAUCAGCAUCCACAUGAUGGCAGGUGCCAGAAGAUACCAGGCCACAAAGCUAGUUUCUUCAGUGGACAGUAGUGGGAGAGGAAUGGAGUGAAACAGGAACAUCCUCUGACUAGCACUUAGUUAUCUAGCCCAUCCCUGCAACAGAUCUGGUGCCCGGGAGGAUGUCAUCUGCUCAAAAGCUGAGUAGGAGCAACCUAGGCAAGAUGCAGGGCACUCAGAGCAGAGCGUGUUGAUCCUCUCUCGGUGCAAAAGAACAAGGUCCUGGUCCUUGUGAAUUAAAAGGGAAGAGACACAUUCAGCCCCUGUACCAAGCCUGAUAGUUUAGUGAGAGUUAAAGCAGCUCUGCUGCCAAGGCACUGGGACUGGGGCUUCUAUUGCAGAGACAAUUGUCCAGCUGCACGGGGGAGGGUUGCUUUCCCCUGCCGUCCCUGAGGUAGGCCACACGUGGAAAGAGAAUACGCAGAGUGCUAGGCAGUCGCAGGGUACUAAUUUUGACAAAAUAGUCCCUGUGUGUUUGCCUCUGCUGCGGUCUGGAGUGGUUAUUUUCUUUCUUACUGCAACUUCCCCCAUCUCACUGCAUGGAGGAGAGUGGCUCUGGAAACAGCUUUUUUCACUCCUUCCCCAGCCUUAUAGCAAGGGUCCUGCUGCUGCUGAAGACAAAUGGCAGGGUCACUUGGAAUGGUAUCUGACCCAGACAGGAACACAACCUAUGGCAACAUCUGUGGUCUCCUUUUUUCUAAAGGGGAGAGAAGCUGUUUCAACCAAGCUUUUCCAUUGAGCCUUAGGUAUUGUGUAUUUUUAAAUGGUGCAUUUACCAUUGUAUGUAAAUGUAUAUAGUAUGCAAUAUAGUAUUUUAUUCCACAUGCCCUAAAGAAGGGCUAACCUUGUGCAACCAAAAAGAGGAACAAAAUAGAAACUUAUCUCCCCCAUUAGAACAGAGGAGAGCCCCACUUCCUGCACUGGAUUCAUGUAUAAUGUCAUUCACAUUGAAUGAUGAGAAAUUCUUGGCUCUCAAAGCUGAGCACAAGUGUCUGAAUAAAGUAGCAUUCAGUGGAUUCAAUAAAUGUACCACUUAUUUUCUA